GAGGUCACCGUUGCGCGCUCUCGCGACACUUCCCUCUUUGCGAGCAGUUCAAUUGGGCAGCGGCGGAGAGCGAGUCGAGGUGGCUCUGCUGAAGCGGUGGCUGCUGCUGCUACUGCCACCACCACCACUACUACCUUGGUGCGCGAAGCGUCCCGAGGAGGGGCGACUCCCAUUCUCUCGGCCAGCCAUUCCUUUGCAGAGAACGCUCCCGCCUCCCUCUUGCAUGCGUUCCCGCCCGGACUCUCCGGUAGCUCGCUGCAAGGGGACCCAGGUGCAAGCCGCAGAAAUCCGCUUCCUCUUUUUCUCUCCCAGCCUUCAUAUUUGCUGCUGGCGUGUCGCUGUCACUCUCCCCCCCCCCCCCUUUAUAUGAAAAAGAACGUUGCCUUGUUUUGGUUUUUGCUUGCAAGAGGCGGGGGGCUAAAUGCAGGAAAUACAAUGCAGGCUUGCUGCUGUUGCAAUGGGAACUGACUAGCUGAGAGGAAGCGGUGACGGCGAGGCUGCUGCUGUGAUUACGAGCCGAAGGGAAGCUUCCCGGAAUCGACGCGGCUCUGUAGUCUCUCUUUGCCCCUCUUUCUGCUCCCCAAAUCUGCCGCCGCCUCAAACUUUCAGCCUGCCUUGGCGGAGCCCCAGGUCGACAUAAAUGGUGGAGGCGAUAGUGGAGUUUGACUACAAGGCUCAGCAUGAUGACGAGCUGACAAUCACAGUUGGUGACAUAAUCACCAAUAUCAGAAAAGAGGAUGGAGGUUGGUGGGAAGGACAGCUCAAAGGCAGAAGAGGUUUGUUCCCUGACAACUUUGUAAGAGAAAUAAAAAAAGAUGUGAAAAAAGAAAGUCUUGCCAGCAAAGCAUCAGAAAAGUCCAUAAAUGAAGUUUCCAAUGGAAGCCCUUUACUGUUGUCUGAGACAAUUAUUAGAACCUCCAAAAAAGGGGAUCGAAAUAGACGGAGAAGAUGUCAGGUGGCUUUCAGUUACAUGCCUCAGAAUGAAGAUGAGCUGGAGUUAAAAGUUGGAGACAUCAUUGAGGUGGUAGGAGAAGUGGAAGAAGGCUGGUGGGAAGGAGUUCUCAAUGGAAAGACUGGCAUGUUUCCUUCCAACUUCAUAAAGGAACUCUCAGAAUCUGAUAAUGCUGGAACGGUGCAAGAGGAGCAAUUAGUAAAACCAAGAAAAACUGCCUUUGAAGGUACAAUUCUGUAUAAAGUGGCAACAACCAAGAUUGACAGCUACAGACGCUAUAACAGCUUAAGAGAUGCUGCAGGCUCUGAAAGUGAUGGUUGUGACUCAAGCAGCACAAAAUCAGAAGGCGCCAAUGGGGCAGCAACAAUCCAACCCAAAAAGGUCAAGGGGAUUGGUUUUGGUGACAUCUUCAAGGACAAACCUAUAAAAUUACGACCAAGAUCAAUUGAAGUAGACAGUGACUUCCUGCCUGUUGAAAAGACAGCUGGAAAAAGAAUAGCUACAGCUACAAUUCAGGAGCCGACAAAAAUAGAAUCGGACAGCAGAACAAAGAUAAAGGAGUAUUGCAAAGUAAUAUUUCCAUAUGAAGCACAGAAUGAAGAUGAACUGACAAUCAAAGAAGGUGAUAUUGUGACACUUGUCAAUAAGGAUUGCAUUGAUGCUGGCUGGUGGGAAGGAGAGCUCAGUGGCAAACGAGGAGUCUUUCCAGAUAACUUUGUUAAGCUUCUUCAUUCUGAUUUUGAAAAAGAGCGACCUAAGAAACCACCACCUCCAUCGGCUCCUGGCAUCAAACAAGGAUUAGCUAUCACAGAUAGAAAGCAUGAAAUCAAAAAGGUACCUCCUGAGAGACCAGAUUGUCUUCCUCAUCGAACAGAAGAAAAAGAAAGACCAGAGAGAGAUCAAAAACUGUUAGACUUACAGAAGCCUUCUGUUCCUGCAAUACCACCGAAGAAACCUCGACCACCGAAAACAAACUCUUUGAACAGGCCUGGUACAUUGCCUCCAAGGAGACCAGAAAGACCAAUUGUGCCUAUGACCCAUACAAGGAGUGAUAUUCCAAAAGUAGAUAUAGUGAGUUGUUCACUAUCCAGCACCUUAGAGAAAGACGCCACAGAAAGAAGCAAUGACAUUGAUCUGGAAGGGUUUGAUUCUGUAGUACCUGUUGCCGAGAAGCUCAGCCACCCAACAACUACCAGACCAAAAGCUACUGGCAGAAGACCACCAUCUCAGUCAUUUACAUCUUCUUCACUUUCAAGUCCUGACUUUUUUGAUUCACCAAGUCCUGAAGAUGAGAAAGAAGAACACAUCUCCCUUCCACCCAGAGUAGUUGAACCACUGAAGAAAGCAAAGACUGUUACAAUAUCACUAGUAUCUGAUAACAAAACUUCACUGCCCACCAAGCCAGGAAGCUUGAUAAGUGGCAGCAAUGUUUCAUCUUCACUAUCAUCUUCAUCUUCAUCAGCAUUUCACUCAGUUUCAGUAGGAACAGCAAGUCAUCGAUCAAAUUCCCCAUCUUUGUUCAGUACCGAAGGAAAGCCAAAGACUGAUCCGACCAGCCAAGGUGAAGCGGCUUUGGAAGAGCUGAGAACACAAGUCAAGGAGCUACGAACUAUCAUUGAAACAAUGAAAGAUCAGCAGAAAAAAGAAAUUAAACAGUUGCUGUCUGAAUUAGAUGAAGAAAAGAAGAUCCGGCUAAGAUUACAGAUUGAGGUUAAUGAUAUAAAGAAAGCUCUUCAAUCAAAGUGAAUACCUGAUUGGUGGAAUGUUGUAUUAUCCUGACACAGACUUGGAUUUAUGCCCCAGAUAAAAUAACUUUGUGCCAAAUGAUUUAUUAUCUGCCUCUACACAUCCCUUUGUUUGAACAACUAGCACAAGAGUUUUGAUAGCACAACACAAGUUCCAGUGAAGAGGGGAAAUGUCCAUAAGAUACAGCUGGUUGGUUGUGGCACUGGGUUUUGAUUGAAAUUGUUCUUACUGUGCUAAAAUCUUCUCUACUUUAAGUUCACAAACAAACUGAAAACUCAGGCAGUUUAGUUCAUAGUGGUACUAUUUUAAUGAUAUUUUCCUUAAGUAAUAUGUACUUCAGGUUUAUCAGUUUACAAGUUUUAUGAUUUUGACUUUUUAAAUUGUCUUUUGUCACAAAUUCUUAAAAUGUUUGUACUGCAUAUAUCUAGAAAUGAAUGUUGACAUUGGGGUGAGGUGGCAUUUUGUUUGUUUUCUGCGUGCUCUUCUUUGCUUUACAUAUGGCAGCCUAAUUUUGUGUUAUUUUAAAUACUAUUACAUAUGCAAUCUUAUGUCCAAAAAUGAUCUACAAAUUGAAUCUUAAGUUUGUGUACAAAAUAGUGUAUUUAAAAAAAAGUGAAAAAAUUGAAGAGAUAUCUGGUCUUAACAAUGAUUUGUGCCUUCUUUUGCCAAACACUGACUGAAGCUGGUUGUAGGCCAGAUCGUAGUAAUGUAGCUAUCACAAUGAGGCCUGACAGUCCACUAGAGGUCACUCUUUCUAUAUAUUAGUUGUUUGUUUAAUACAGAGAGAGAAAUGCUCUUUGUUUAGGUGGUGUAAUGGCUACAUUGGGUUGAAGGAGCUUUAUUUCAACAGCUAUAGCUUUUUUAUUCAACUGAUUCACCUCUGCUUGAUUUCAUUCAAACACCUAAGCACCUGCUUUCAUCUUCAGCUUUGCACAUCCUGGGUGAAUGAAAUAUGGAUAAUCUAAGAGUAAAAAUUAAUAAAAUAUAAAUCAACAAGAGAAAGUUGUAUUAUUUCAGGCACAGAAUUUUGUGCAAUAUUAACUUGCUGUUUAAUGUUAAUAGCCACAUUCUACGGUGAGCUUGCUGAUGAUUGGAACUGGGUGGUUUUAUUCUAAUAGCAUCCUUGCAGCUGGUCUUUCUUUUCUUUAGAAUUACAUUAAAUAAAUGUUUACUUUUGGUAUUUGUAGGUAGAAAAGUUUUCAUAUUUUUAUGGUAACAGAAUGUGUGUAUGAGAGAGAGAGAUUGUGUAUGUGUGUGUGUAUAAAUAAUACGAAAGCAGUUGUGACAAAAACUGUAGUUGGGUUUCCUAUUUUCAUAAUAGAUUUCAUUAAACCUCCUAGGCCAGUAUCUGUGAUGCUGAACCAUGCAUUUUCUGCUGUGGAAUGUUGACAAUACAGUGGUGUUUUUGCACAGCUCCACGGUCUGAGCUAUUACGUUUACAUUAAAUAUCACGCAGUGAAUCUGUUUAUCAUGCCAAGAGUGGCUGGUUACCAUCUCUCUACAAAUUUGAGAAUUGAAGGUUAUUUCCUUUAGUUUCAUUUCCAGUUGAAAUGAACUGCAACUUGAUAACAGUAAGAUAAUUUAUAAAUAUCUGCAUAAAAGAUAAAACAUCAAGUACUUGAAAUUUAGUUUUCAGUCAGAGUGUAUAUUUCUCACUUGUUAAUGUGAAGCUCUACUUAAAUAUUUGUCACUGUGAUACCUCUACGAUUUUAAAUCAACUUCACUUUUGAGCAUGAAAGGUACUUCAUUAAACUGAAUCUUUGCAACAUCCAUGUGAGAUAGAUAAAUCAGUAUUAUUUUUAUCUUAGAAAAAAAAUCUUAAAUGCCCAAUACUAAACCUUGCAAGUACUUAAAACAGUGUUACCAUAUAUGAUUAUCUUGUUUUGCAAUAACAGUAGAAGAUAUCGCAGAGGUAAUAUGAUGGCUCAAGCAUUUAGAACUGGAGCCAAAAUGGAGACUUUAGAUGUGCACCUAAGAUGUCAAAGGCCUGUGGGUUUUGGCAUGUGACCUUGGCUGCUGCAAACUGGCAUGCUACUUUGAAUAUAUCACUGAAAAUAAGCAAGCACUUGUAUGAAUGACAGGGAUUGACAUGCAUUCCAAACUGCAGACAUCUUUGUGAAAAGACAAUAUGCAAAGCUGUCAAAAGAGAGAGCAUUUCCAAGCCACUUUCAGAAUACCUUUUGUAUGUUGCUGGGGCAGCAUAGCUCAAGUAACAUCUAUGGAAAGAAACCACACAUCAAGCAGAUGUGUAUGGUUCCUUUCUAUGUCAACAUUGGUCUUUUCUGGGGACACCUUGCAGAUGCAGGAACCAACUCAUCAUCUACUGUGGUUUCUGUAUAUAGACAUGACACAACUACAGUGUAUUAAUUGAGCAUGAAUCUGUGGUUGAAAUAGACUCUGAACCAGUGUUUAUUACUGGAUCUUUCUAAUUCUCUUACAUUUUUCUAGCAAUAAAAGUUUAUAGCUACUAACUUCAGAAUUUGGAGAAUUCAACAAGUGGACAGGUAGUGUGUAUAUACUCGGAACUUGGAGGACAGCAUUGUGGAUGUCUGAUUUCAUUCAAUGGAAAAACUGUGAAUGAGUAUAGUAUGAAUUCUUAGACAAGGCCUUGAAAUGUAAGACACGGUUCUAAAAUGGUAUUUAAAAAAAACUGGUUGGUGUUGAUUGACCAAAAAUCAGGGUCUCUAAACUUUUCCCUCUUGUUAAGACGGUAAAUUGUCAUUUUAUAGAACUUGUAUUGAGGAGUCCAACGUAUUGUGAUUUGUAAUAUAAGAUUAAAUAAGAUUUUGUGGAAA